AUGCCAGGGGGUUGCUUCCGGGGCCCCGCCGCCGGGGACGGGCGGCUGCGGUUGGCAAGGCUGGCGUUGGUCUUCCUGGGUUGGGUCUCUUCGUCCUCUCCCACUUUUUCGGCUUCCUCCUCCACCUCUUCGGCGUCGUCGUCUGUCUCCGCGGUAUCCGCUCAGCCUAUGCUGCCGGGCCAGUGCCCUCUGCCGUGCGAGUGCUCAGAGGCGGCGCGCACAGUAAAGUGUGUUAACCGCAACCUAACAGAGGUGCCUGUGGACCUGCCUCCCUACGUGCGCAACCUCUUCCUCACCGGCAACAACCUGUCUGUGCUCCCUACUGGCGCCUUCGCCCGCCAGCCGCCGCUGGCCGAACUGGCCGCGCUCAACCUCAGCGGUAGCGGCAUAAUGAAGGUGGACGCCGGCGCCUUCGAACAUCUGCCCAGUCUGCGGCAACUGGACCUCAGCCACAACCCGCUGGAAGUCCUCAGCCCCAUCGCUUUUUCGGGCACCAAUGCCAGCACCUCAGACCCCAGUCCCCUGAUGGAACUGAUCCUGAACCAUAUUGUGCCCCUUGGGGACGAAAAAAACAACCGGAGCUUCGAGGGCAUGGUGGCGGCGGCGCUGCAGGCUGGCCAAGCGCUGCGCGGGCUCCAUCGCCUAGAACUGGCCAGCAACCACUUCCUCUACCUGCCGCGGGACGUGCUGACCCGACUGCCCGGCCUCAGGCACCUAGACCUACGCAACAACUCCUUGGUGAGCCUGAUUUAUGUGUCCUUCCGCAACCUGACACAUCUAGAAAGUCUCCACCUAGAGGACAACGCCCUGAAGGUCCUUCACAACCGCACCUUGGCUGAAUUGCAGAGUCUGCCUCACGUUAGGGUCUUCCUGGACAACAAUCCCUGGGUCUGCGACUGCCACAUGACCGACAUGGUUACCUGGCUUAAGGAGACCGAGGUAGUGCUGGGUAAAGCCAGGCUCACUUGUGCAUUCCCCGAAAAAAUGAGGGAUCGUGUCCUGUUGCAACUCAACAGCUCCGACCUGAACUGUGAUCCAAUCCUCCCCCAGUCCUUGCAGACUUCUUAUGUCUUCCUGGGUAUUGUUUUAGCACUGAUAGGAGCUAUUUUCUUGCUAGUUUUGUAUUUGAACCGCAAGGGGAUAAAGAAGUGGAUGCAUAACAUCAGAGAUGCCUGCAGAGAUCACAUGGAAGGAUAUCAUUACCGAUAUGAAAUCAAUGCCGACCCCAGAUUAACAAACCUCAGUUCUAAUUCUGAUGUCUGA